AUGUUUGUGACGGACACGAAGAACGUGUGGGGAGAGGUUCUGUCAAGCAAUCAAUUCGCUCGGAGAUGGCGGGAAUACAACCCGCAAUACUCUCUUAGCUUCCCGGGUGAAGGCGAAGAACAGGCGUGGAGGACCAAGUGCCUGGAAUUCCUUUCGGCUGCCCAUUCGCUCGGAGGACUUGCCGAGCUAUCCUUCGAGACAACGAAGUCGAACUACUCUGAUCUUGCCUUCACUCUAGGGAAUGACUCGUUUCGGUGGCGAUGGGAGGCGUUUGCCGUCGGGCCAAAGCUGUCGGCAGACAUCUUAUCCAAGCACCUCAUCCUCCCGCUGAUCAGCAUGGCACACCUCGCCUUCUCCUCCGCUGAUCCUUUGACGAUUAUCUCCGAGACUGACCUUGAGAAGACCGUUGACAAGGUCGGCAGGUCUGCCCGCCGCACGCUCGACACGCAUGUUCGGAAUGCGCUAUCCCGGCCCCUUCUCGCGACAACGCUGCAGCGUAUGUCAGCCGUGUUCAACUUCGUACCGGAUCUCCCCCGGAUCGCUGCAAACUCCGAAACCCCGGAUCUCACACCACCCGUUCCGCCAGCAACAUCACAAGGUCCUUCCGCUUCCAAGCCUCUUGUGCGCCGGGCGCCUUCCUCGUCGCCUCCACUUCCGACCAACCGAGCAGGUCCAAGUAACCAGGCUAAGCCGCAUAGUCAAGCCGGAGGAGCACGUCAGGUGGUCCCAACGCCACCGCCGCCGGAUGAUGACUCCGUCACUGAAGAAGAGCCAGAAGAAGAAGACUACGGCGCCGUCAGCGGGAAGGACGAAGCAGCCGUACACGAUCGUCGCAAUUCCAGCGUACGGAACAGCAGCCCCGUGCUUUCGGUACCUUCGAAACGUGCCACCCCCGAACAGUCACCUCCUUCGAAGACUGGGGCCAGCGUGAAUCAUUCGCCUCAGCCACAAUCGUCGUCGCCUCUCCCCGCACCGAAAACCAAGCGGGUGAAAGCGGCCGUGUCUUCGAGCGAUGAAGAAGAUAGCGAGGAGGAGCGUAGAAAGCGUCUGGCACGGCUCAAAGGAAGUGUGGCAGCGCGCGGUCCAAAGCAGCCGCUGAAGCGUGGGGGAAGACGGUUCUGA